CAGAACACUUCAUGUGCUUCAAGAGGCAUCGUGCUCUGUGAAUAACUAAUUCUAACUUUUUUGCAGCCUCUGAAAUGUAUUUUUACGCAGAUCCUUUUUAAACGUCUAGAGCACUUGCAAUGGAUUUUAAAGAGCUGGGAGGUGAGGAUAACCCCGACGGAGAUACUGAAGGAGAAGCUGAGGAUUUGAACAAUGUGAAAGCACUUACCGAAAAACUAAAGUUACAAACCCGCAGACCAUCAUACUUUGAAUGGCAGGAGCGCUUGCAGAGCCAACCAUGGAAGGAGAACCCAAAUGGUUCAAAAAAUGUCCAAGCGACUGCAGAGAAAUAUGUGCUCUUGCCUGAAAUUAUGCGGGAUGAGAACUCAGAUCUAACCAUCCGCAACAUCUGUGGCUUCGAUACCAUUAAUGACGCGUUGGAAUUUCUUAGGAAAGAGUUGAGGGAGAUGCGGUUCCAGGACAACCGUCUAGCUCGGCAGCUGAUCCGCCUGCGUGUGGAGAUCCACCGGCUGAAGGUGGAGCAGGUGUGUCACCGCCACAAGGAGAUGCUGGACGACGCCACCUACGAGCUGAAGGAGUGUGGUGAGGAGUCUGACCUGCUCUGUGACAUCCCCAUGAAGGCUGCCUUCGCCCUCUCCACCCCCCUCAAACACCUUGGCCUCACCAAGAUGAACAUCAACUUCCGACGCUUCUCCCUCUGUUAAAACAUAUUCCACCCUGUGAGGAUGGAUUUGCUGUAUUACACCUCUGUCUAAUCUACGCAGGGUAAUUUGGGGUGUUUCACUGCAAAGGUUUCUGUUAUGACACGAGAGGGAAGACGAAUGGCUGGAAGAGUGUGCAGACAGUAAUUAGCCAAGUGGGAGGAAAUGGAAAUGACUCCUUUGAUUCGUGCCCUAGCCCUGACUUGAGAGAGAUAGUUACAGGCUUCCAUAGUAAAGCCCUGUAAGGGCAAAACAUAAACCCAUCGCAUAGCAGCACCUUUCUACUGUACCUCAGGGAAGGUGCUGACUGAUAGGUCAGAGUAGACAGGGAAGAUAGUGAUGAGGUGUGGAUCUGGGAUGGAGUUGGUGCGAGUCUGGAUCACCAUGGUGUCAGAUCAAUUGCACUGUACAAAAGCAAUAGUUAAGAUGACCCUCUGAUAGAAUGAAUAAGACUGCCAUGAUGGUGAACACAACUGUAACUAGAGAUGUCUCUUGAGAGUUGCAAAGGGGAAUUCUCUUUCUUCAGAUGCAGAAAAAUCUAUCACAGCGCUAACACUCACUAACUUGAGUUCCAUACUGUAACCCCAGCCCAGGAGGAAGUAUAUAUAAGACACUCGUCACAUCACUAGGGACAUGUUCCCAAACUCUGUUGAAGGCCAGGCCCCCCACCUCUGUGUUGGCAGAGUCCCAGACAGCAGUCCACAGGAAGCUGGAGGUCACAUUCCAGCAUUCUUUCACCUCUUUAGAGACCAAAAAUAACAAGGACCUCCAUGGGGUCAUGGCUUCAAUGAUAUGACAUAAUUGGAGGCUAUGUCCUAUGUACUCCAUGCAUUUUAUUUUCCAUUAGAUGAAGACAGAUCACAGUCCAAUGUGACAAUGUUGUGUCAGAUUAUCAGGGUUGAGUUUAGAUGUGUUUAAAGAUAUUGUUCUCAGGAAGAGAGAUAGGAGGAGAAACUGAAAGUAUCUUUGGGGAAAUUAUGAGGGAGUUAAUUUUGAACAGGAUUUUGUGGGUUUUUAUCGAUGUUUGCUGAAUGUUACCCAACAAAGUUUAAAACUUAAAAAGUUAAAAACUUUGUUACAAAGUUGUAAUACAUCAAAAUGUAGAUUUGUAAGUGCCUUAUGUACAGAGUUUUCACCUAUAUAAUGCAGGAAUAUGUUAUGGUUAUCAUUUAAUCUAUGAGGGAAAUAUAAAUGAUUGGAGACAGAGCUGUUCUUUCGAGAUGCUUGUUGUUAAAAGUUUUUUUGUUUGCUAUUAACUCACAUGUAAAAAGGCAACAAACGUGAAAUUGAAAAUAAUGUCUGAGUGCUCAUUUAGCUGUAUGAUCCUAAAAUUUCAUUAAUGCACAGUUUCAUCUUUCAACUGCAUCAGGCAUUAAUCUUUUUUAAAUGAUGUGGUAUAGGCUUAACUUAUCAGAAAACCCCUUAAAGGUCCAAUGCAGCCAUUUCUUUUCUCAAUAUCAAAUCAUUUUUGGGUAACAAUUAAGUGACAAUUGGUAGAGCCCCACCAGCCUAACCCGGACGACGCUGGGCCAAUUGUGCGCCGUCCUAUGAGGCCACUCAGGAGGUCAUUUCAAACAGUUCUUACACCAUGAGGGCAGUUGUCAUAAUUGUCACAAUUUCACAGUAUUAUUCCAACCUCAUAGUGUGAAAACAUAACUAAAACACAAAAAAAUCAAAUUUUUGACUGUACUGGGCCUUUAAGGGGUACAAGCAUAAAUUGAUAAGUUCAUAACCAUGUCAAGUUGUUAUCAAUUAUUGUACAAAAUGGGUACAUAUACAAGAUGUGUGAAGUAGACGUGAUAUACUAGUUUAUGAGAUGACCUCAUGUAUGACGUGAGAGAGAAAGAGAGAGAACCAGGCCAUUGGAACCAUUGUAAUGAAUGGCAGGAUAAAUACAGGGUACACAGGGUCUCAGGUAGUACCUUAAGGCCUGGUCCUUCAUUGGAUAUCCUCAUGUCAUUUCCUGUGUAAUGUGGCUUCUAUUUCUAGUGUCUCUCACCUAUGCUGUUUCCAUUUGUCAUAAAGUUCAUCUGCCCUGCAGUUAAGAUGGUUUUCUCUGUCCUCACUCCCCUCAUAUGCACUGUUAAUCAACUAAUAAACUGAUAGCCCUAAGUACGUUA